AUGGCCAAGAGAAAAUCUUUAAAUCGUGUAUCUCGAUACUCCAAACGUAGAUCCGUCGAUUCUAUCGGUUCUGGACAUCUCGAUCCUGAUACAUCCAUCGUGGAUGAAGAACAAACAUUAUGGUGGAAUAACUUGGAAAAGAAUACGUUUCGUCCGCAUUCCAUGAUUCCUAGUGAAAAUGAAACGCCUAGGAUGCUGAGGUCUAAUUCAAGGAUUGAUAUUAGCCAGAGUUCCGAUUCUACGGCAUGGUGGAAGAAUUUGAAUUCUGAUUCCGAAUCCAUUGCUUCAAAAAGCUCGAGGCGCGGCGCAGCAAUAGUUGAAAGUCGUGUGUUGCAAAUUUCGACAUCUGAGACAUCUGAAUCAGAGAAAGAGCUUAAUUUAAGAAAUAGGAAGGUUUGUUUAAAAGCAAGUAAUAGGAAAAGUAUUAAUAAUGCUUUCGCAAAUGCUUUGAAUGAUCCCGAGGCAACUAUGCCAUUAAAAACGCGGAAGAAACAAGUCCGCUUUGAAGUACAUAUCGAUUCGGACAGUGAAUCUUUGCAAGGGAGGUCGCAAGAAAAUGAAGAGGAUAGUAAUUCAAGUUCAACUUUGAAGAUUUUGAAAUUAAAGCCAAGUAUUUUUAGAACAAGAAGAGGUGGAGAUGGUAUGAAAGAUCAGAACGCCUUUCAGGAUGUACUAACGGAAAAUAAUGUUUUGAAUGCCAGCACUGCGAAAACAUCAGUCGCGUUUGAAAAGGAAUCCUCGCAGCAUUCGAUGCACCGAAAUAUUAAUACAAGUAAAGAUCAUUUCGACAAUCAAAGGAAAUCAAUAAGAUCGCCUCAAACAAUGCCAAGUAUUUUGAGCACAAGAAAAAGUGGAAGUAUGAAAGAUCGGACCGCCUUUCAGGAUGUACCGUUGGAAGAUGAUGUUUUGAAUGGCAGUACUGCGGAAAAAUCAGUCGCGUUUGAAAAGGAAACCUCGCAGCGUUCGAUGCAUCGAAAUAUUAAUACGAGUAAAGAUCAUAUUGACGAUCAAAGAAAAUCAAUAAGAGCGCUAGAGGAUAUUGAAACUGGUUCGUUAACUCCAAACGUUAAGAAGGCAGUGCCUGAGAAUAACGUUGAGAUUGAAAGUAGCGAUGAAAGCAUCUUUACACCUCGUCAACAUUUAAAACCUAUGUCUCACUUUAUGCAGCGAGCGCGGAAAAGCAUAGGAAAAAAUGUGUUUGCAGAUGUUCUAGUUUAUGAUAGUAACGCAAGUUCGUCUACAUCCAAUCCAAAAAAAAAUAAGGAAAACAAUAUUCAUAGAUCUUUAAUUCGUAAAAGUCCAAGAUUGUCUUUAAAUAAAUCUAAAAAGCAGCAAUCAGAUGUAUCGGUGCAAGAUAGAGAUAAUAUUGAAUCAAAUUUGAGCAGCUCAUCCUUUGAUAACGAUGAAUUCCGCGGAACGAAAAGGUCCACAUUUUUUAAACCAAAAUCAAGAAUUCUAACACGUUUCCGUAAGCGCUCAACUAAUCCGUUCGAAGAAAUUUUGAAGCAAGGUAAUAUCAGUGAUAGAAGAAGUAAUGUUUCAUUUGAAGAUAAUCAUGCUUCUUCUGAGCGAGAAACUACAAGGAUUAAUCAGGAAUGUGAAUUUUUAGCAAUGAAAAAUCCACAAUCAGGAAAGAGUAGUACUACGAAUGAGGAAGGUUCUUAUACAAUAUUUCUCGAGGUGUCAUCAAACGCCGAGAAAAGUCGAUCUAAGGAAGCUAAUAUAUUAUCGGAAGACGAGAAGAAACUAUUAGAAAACAGCGAUCUCAAUAAUGCAUCAAAAUCAGUUUCUCGAAAGAGUGUAAUUGCUAAAUCGUCAGAAAAAAAGAUUUCCAACCUCAAGUCCAUUAGGGAAAAAACUUUGAAGGAAAUCGCAUGUGCAAAUGCAAUAUCGCCCAUCGGUAGAUUAAGUACUAAUGUAAUAAUACAAGAUGCAAAUAACGAUUCACAUGCUGACAUAGAUGUAGAACACGUACAUUCAUCCGAAUCAAGGUCUGAUAAGGAAGUUGGUUUUAUUUCUUCCAAUAAGCAAAGUUCAUCUAAGAAAUUGAACAAAAUAGAUGAUUUUUUCGUCAAAAUAAAAGAAACUUCGGCGAAACAACUAAGCGAACGCGCGCAAAAGUCGCCAGGCUUCGACAGUGAGAAAAUGAAGAAGAUUAAAAUGGAAUUGAAGAAACUAAAUAGUCGUGAGAUGGCCGCGAUGAAAAGAAACUCGACCGAUAAGAAAGCAUCUGCAGUAAAAAAGGAAACAGUGAAAUUUGUUAUACAAACAAGAUACAAAGAUACAAAGAAGAAGAAGCCGCUCAUGAAUUCUACGAAAGUAGUGGAUAAGGCAUUUCUAGUAAAUGGAAAAGUAUAUAGACCACCAAGACUUCCUCGUCCGAAACAUUGGGCUACAGAUCGUCUUUACAAGUUUCUGUGGAAACGAUUGGAGCCAAAGUACAAACUGGCCACGAGAGUGAAAUCCGAGAAAUUCGUGCAAGAAUUAGCUACGGUAGUAACUACUAUUGAACGUCGUAAGAAUUACGAAAAUUAUAAGACCGAAUUAACGGCUCUGAUGAAGGAAAUGGCUCGUUUAAAACUUAUCAAUACUCGUAUGGAUUUUUAUCAUUUCUGUCAGGAUUUUUUAUCAUAUGAGUUUCGUGUUAAAGUCAUACCUAUGACAUUACCCGGCAAUAAAAGUAAUAUUCCCUUCGAUCCAGAAAAUGUGCACACUCCUUUACUUGAUGCCGAAUGAGUAAUCGUUGAAAUUACAAUACGAUACAAUAUAUUGAUUAUGUUUAUUU